UCCGUCCGCGCCCCUCGGCGGCCUGGUGCCGAUCAGGAACCCGCUGUACGACCAGACCGGCCUCACCUCCUCCGUGCUGUUGCAGCCUUUGAACGAGAUGAUUUCAACACCGAUCGGUAUAUCGAUACAAACCCAACCACCGGUGCUGUACCCGCCGCCCGCUGACUCCGGCCCGCCAGCCGAUGCGAACCAAAAUGAACCUUACACAGGCGCCGUAGAGUCCACAGCGACCGACACAGACAGUAAUGCUCGUGACACACAACAGAGUGAGUUGUACGCAGAGUAUUUAUCUAAUCCCUACAAUGAAACUAAGGAGGUGACUUUAAGCGACUAUGAUCCUGAAGAGAAUCGCUACUUAUCCGGCUCGAGGGACCAAAGUGUGCAGCCUCACAGGUCCUUUAGCGCGACCACCACGCCCAGCCACAGCGGACAUCUAGCUCAGUUCCUCUCCACAGAGAAUGUGAGGAAGGAAUCGAGUAGUAUUUUCAAUUUCUCCAAUUAUUUCGGUACCGGUAACGACUUGGCUAACCCCGGCUCUGAGCUCUUCGACACCUUAACUACUGCACAGGAAGGAUAGCUUAAUUCCAUUUAUCAACUAAUUGACUGGGAGAAUACUGUUCUGUUUUUAUUUUAUCUUAGCAAUCGGUUAUUGUUAUUGCUACGUCCUAUAUAAAAGUAUUUUGUACGACGCUGAAUGUUAUGUUUCUAGAAAUUUCUUCUGUUUGAUUAGGUUGUAAUGUUAAACUGUUAUUUGUGAAUUACUAAACUAAAAUUAUUUAAACAUAAUGUCCAGUUUACAUUAUUCUAAUGCAGCGAUUAUAAUCAGCGAUGAACCUGGAGAUAUGUAAACCUAGGGCAUUUCAAUUGGACUGGAAUGUAAAAUUAUGUGUACACUAAGUCAGAAGGACGAGACAAGUCGCAGUAUAAUCAACAAUUUAUUUGUGUCAGUGUAAAUGUUAUUAUAAUUAGAAAGUGACAAAUGGCCUAUUUAUAAUCUACACGUAGUUUUUAAAGUACGAAAUUAGACAAUUUUUUAAUAAAAUUAGUGUGUCAAUAUUGCUUUUAUUAAAAGAGAAAGGACAUUUUUAAUACGAUUUUCU